GCUGUUUGUUGUUGAAGGCUGGAGGAGGAAGAUGAUAACUCACUUUACGAGUGUCGAUACUGUGAAGCUCUCCGAGUUUAUCUGCCGAUAAAGUUUAUUUUAUGCUUCUCCAAAGCUCCUGUAGACGGCUGCGCGGUUCAGUUUGGUAGCGGUUUAAUCUAAUCUUCAUCCAGGGAGCCAGAAUGGUGAAGACAUGUCGUUAUCAGCUGCUUUAUUGAUCGAGUUUGUUUACAUUUAACGGAUAAAUCGAAAGGAUUUGAUGGAUACUCUUUAGAUAAAGAUAGAGCUGCUGCUGCUGCUGCUGCUGAAUUCCUACAAGAUGUCCUAUGUGCUGGUUCAAAUGCAGUAGGAUGAUCAAAAGUCAAGAAGAUGAAUUCAUUGCUGUGAGGGUUCAGGAUCCUCGGGUAGUGAAUGAAGGAUCAUGGAACUCGUUUGUGGAUUUUAAAAUUUUCCUCCAUACUAACAGCAAGGCAUUUACAGCUAAAACUUCCUGUGUGCGUCGCCGAUACAGUGAAUUUGUGUGGCUCAAGAGGAAACUGCAAAAGAAUGCUGGCCUUGUACCUGUUCCUGAUCUGCCUGGAAAAUCAAUAUUUUCCUUUAACAACACAGACUUCAUUGAAAAAAGGAGAAAGGGUCUACAGACCUUUCUGGACAAGGUGGUGCACAUGACCGUGUGCCUGUCAGAUAGCCAGCUUCAUCUGUUCCUGCAGACUCAACUUCCUGUAGGCCACAUUCAGGAUUGCGUGCAGGGCCACACUCCAUACAGCGUGACUGAUGCCAUUCUGACUUACGCCUCCUCCAACCGCGGCUGGGCUCAGGAGGAAGAGGACAGCUCACUGGAGCCUUGCCCAACGCCAAUCUCAUAUGAGUCAGUGGAGAGCAGCCCCUCUCCCCACGUUCCCACUUUACAAAAUGAUGAAGCUACAAAUGAGUUGGACACCACUGACAUCGACUCUGUAGAGCUCCGAUUUUCUGAAGCAAAUGCAGCUCAUGGAGAUGGGCAAGAAGAAAGAAUAAAGGAAGGGGAGCGGUGUGAUGACCUGGUAGUGGAGGUUCACUACCAUCACGUUCCUCUUUUGGAAGACACUAAAGAAGAAGCUGAUCUCAGCGUGCCAGAGGAGACAACACAAACACAUGACAACACAAGAGACGUCAGUGCAGAUACAGCCUCACAGGUACAUAGUGCAGAGGACAAGUCCCAACCAAAACAUGUAGUUAGUAAUGAUACAUGGGUCAGCUUUUUUUUUAAACCACAUUCAGCCGCAGUUCUGAGAAGCAGACCAGCUUCAUAACUAACUGACUUUAGAAUACCAUGAAGAGAAUGAUCAAAACCUGACCCAGAAUGCUCUUUAAUUAUUACUACAGUACAAAUAUGUUUUCAUUUUGGUCGUUUAUUAUCUUGCAGCAGUCUAAAAUUAUAUUCCUUCAACCAGACACCUGUUGGUUAACCUGUCCACGGUUUCCAAGUCAACCCACCAGUCACUAGGAGCUAUUAACGGGGACCAAAACGAGGCCUAUUAUAAGAAAUUACAUGGUGUGUGGAAGUGCCUGAGACAACCACAGUGAAUACAGUAACAAAGUAUCCGUGAGGAAAUGGAGAAGAGAGCAGUCCGCUGUAAGUCCAAAGUCCCUUUUGACAAGGAUACACUGUUAUCUGAAGUGGAAGUAGGUCAGAAGUUCACUAUACAUUGAGGCAGGUGACCAUGAAGAUGUACCAGAGGAUACAAAACAGUUAGACUAUAAUAGUUUAAAGAUUGAAUGUGCUCUAGGCUAGACCUGUCUGGUAGGUCUCUUAUCUAUGCACUUUGUUCUUUCAUAGCAACUGUUGCCAGGUUGGACAGGCUUUACAGAAUGUUGGCAGUAAUUCCGUUCAGCUUGGGAAACUGUAGCUCACACAGUGCGUUUUUGUCAAAUAUCUAUAUUUGGAAUGUAUUACUAAAUUUGAAAUGAUAAAAUGAUUUUACGAUGGAGUGAAAGGAAUAUAGUUUUAUUGUUUUGUAAUAAAGGUUUUUACGCUAGACUUGAGAUUACUUCGUGAAAGUUACACCCACUCUCUUCUAACAGUGCCACUGAUUUUAAAGUAAAAAUGUGGUAAGCUUUGGUUUUUUGAGUGCUGCACUAAAGGUUUUCAUGAGCUUUGAUGGUUUUUUGCUAAAGCUUUGUCAAACCUGGCAACUUUCAAAGAAAUAUUGCAUCUGUGAGCUUUCUUACAUUUUGUAAAAAUGCGUUGGUGAAUCAGUAAUGUGAUGUGAUUGAAUACUGGCCUGCAUUAUAUGGACCAAAAUUACACUUUUUUGUUGAAUUAUUUGAUUAAUUAUAACACCUGCAAAAAAAAAAUCACCUGGAUCUGUGACUGGCCAGGAUGCUCACAGAACACUGUUAAAAAUAAUGUGUUACAGUCAUAUUUACAUCUGUAAGCCCUCUUCAGUAUCAAUAUUGCCAAAGGGCAGUAUUGCAAUACGCAGUGAAGGUGUCAUGUAACCGAAGAUGAGGGGAGAGUGAUUAUGGUCAGUCAGUAUAUCAUAAAUAAUUAAGACACUGAUGACAAAGUGAAUGAAGUAAAUUUUAACAAUGUUCAGGUACCACACAGAUACGCAGUCUCGGGUCUUGUGGCAUCACUGAUGCAAAUACUACUGACAUAAGUUUGUGCUUUUCAUUCUGCUUAACAAGAGUGAGAAGAAGAUUUGUUAGGCUGCCUGGGCAACAUCCGAGGGUAAACCCCAAACCGGCUUACCACUGGGCUCUGGGCUGUAAGAGUGCGCACAGUCAUGUACAGAAAUUCCUGUUGUGCAACUAUUGUGAUUUUCUUCAUUUGUAAGCUCUUUUACUACUUUGGCUAAUACUUUUCUCUGCACUGGAAUCUGCUGUUAAAGAGGAGAUAUUAGACAACCACUGAGUGCACAAAACAUUAUGGACAAAUGAGUUUCAUAUCAGAUGAAUCCAGGUGAAAUCUGGACUUCCAAUUGAUUCCAUCUGUCAAAUCCUAUACAUGAAAGGGGGAAGAUCAGGCUAAGUUAUUUCUCAUAUUUAGGUAAAACAGCAACAGGCAAGCACACUGUUGACACUAUUGCGCCCAUAGGCUUUGUAGGAAAGUCAAAAAUGUUGCCAACCUAUUUUGAGCUUGUCAGUUGCUCUUUUUGCAAAAUAUGGAAAAUAAAUCCGUAAACACUGGAAAGGACUGAUUAUCCUUUUAAUUAAAUCUUAGAAUUUUACUUGGAAGUUGAAGCACCACAGAUGAUUACAUUGACACUUUUGUAAGCCCGCUUUAAGAGACUCUGUCUUGGGUGACAUUAGAGCAGUGGUCACCGACCCUUCUUUUGGAGAUCUGCCAUGUCCAGCUUUCACCUCCAACCCAAAUUCACACCUCAUUCAGCUGUUUAUGGACUCUUAAAGGCAAAAAUCCAAUGGAUCAGGUGGGGUCUAUUAGGGUUGGAGCUGAAGUCUACAGGAAGGUAGAUCUCCACGCGCAGGGGUUACAUCACCUUUCUGUUUAAAAGUGCUGCUGAAUUUUUGAAGAUCAGCAGAUUCCCUUGUGAAUCUGGAAUACCACCAAUGAACAUUCAUUAAAUGGCCAACCAGCAGUCAAAAUGGCUAAUUGUUGAGAAGGGACACAGUGUCACUGAUGCUAAGCAUCAUUCUUAUGAAGCAAAAAGCCACUGGAGUGCAAACAGCACCUCCUGGUGGAGAAUCCUCAGCUCUCUAACUGAGAGUGAAAUGAGUGAACAAGUGACAACAGUUUGGCGUGAACAGGCUGUUCACACUCACUCAAUUUCCAUAUAACAUUCAUAUAUUCACUGUUGGAACAAAACUUUGUAUCACCAAAAUGGAACUGUGCUCCAUGUAUUUCUAAGAUUUGUUUGUGCAGAUUAAUGACCUUUGAAACAAAGUUAAGAGGGGCCAGGAGUAAUUGCAUGAACAUGAUAAAUUCAGGCAAGCGGAAGCUGUUCUGUGGUCAAAAUAACAUUUUAGGAAGGCAUCCAUAAUGUUUGGUACAGUCAGUUUAUUUGUCGAUGUGCUGAUUCUUCUAUUGAUGUUUGUAAUCCACUGGUGCAAUAUUCCCAGUCACAAGAAAGGUCGUUUACAGGAGGCGUGUUAACUUGGCUGGUUUGAAAAUGUAAUGAAGUGCUCAUUGUGUUGCUGUGAAGAGUUAUACAAACCAAACUGCACAUAUAAUAAUUAGGAUAGAGUUAUGAUAGAAGAAUGUUCAAGUUCUAAAUUAUGUUCUCAAAGUGAUAUUAAUCAGCAGGCCAAAAAUGAAGCUGUGCCAUAUACCACCUGGGAUAUCUAUAUGAUUAGAUUGUAGAAUUGAACAAUCGACAUUCUCUUCGAAGAGUGUUGAGGUUAUGCAAUACGUGGUGUGGCUUAACUCUUACAGCCUUCAGAAGGGGCAUGUUCUGACCUGCAUCUUGCUGGACCAAUAGUACCUUGGCUGUGAUAAAGUUGUAAGGAAAACAAUUUGUUUAAAAAAUAGAUAAGCCUCUGUGCAUUUUAACUCUGCUGGAUUACUUCAUCAGCUUCAGUCACAUGAGCAGAGCUACGUCAGUCUGUGAGAGAGUCCAUGCUUACUGAUAAACUGCAUGAUAACUGCUAACAGGUAAACAAGAAUAAACCAUACUAGCACACAGCGUUCAUGAUGUAAAUAAGGAUGCCGUUCUAAAAUGGUAUGAAGAUGCACUGAGAUGAUGGGAAUGAUGUUACUUCCCGGUAGUUGACUUUCAAUCUGUUUCACAAACGCUGCUUAGAAUGUCAGUUGUGAUCAUACUGAGAAAUACUGACAGAACACUGCAGAAAACAACAAGAAAGGGAACUUUUUCUUUUCUUUUUUUUCAAACGUUAUGGCUAAUACUUUAUAUGAUUUUUUUGCAUAGGUUAUAGGCAUAUAGUAUACCUUAAAAUGAUGUACAUUUCCCUGGUUUACAUGGAUUUUGCAGAAGGGUUUAUUUGCAGGGAUAGUUUAGAUGGGAAAGCAUUCAGUUCUCAAAUAUAGCAAUUUAUUUUUCCUUUUAACAGAUGUUAAAUUUUUUUUGUCAGGUUUAUAUCACUGUACCUUGUGAUUUUAUUUGAAUAUAUUAAACAAGGAUGUUGAAGGCCAAACCUAUCUGUGCACAGAGCCUCAAAGCUGCAAAUGUUUGAAAUUAUUAAUGUACUUACUAAUGGCAAAUAAAGAGAAUGAAAAAUAACUGAG